AUGAAGUUUAUCUUCACUCUUGUUUCCGUCCUGGUCCUUCUAGCCAUGAUGGCUGAAGGACGCAGCCUCUACCAGGGCUCACCCGCUGCCGUUCAUGAUGAACAGUCUCUCAACGAUCUGGCCAAGGACAACUCUGGCACGAUUCUCUACGCGAACAAUGUCGCUCGAGCCACGGUGACUGAAGGGCUUACCCGCUACCACACCGCGCCCCCAAGCGAUGCCGUUAUCUUUCACGAUGAGCAGUCCCUCAGUGACUUGAUCAAGGUCAACCCUGACACACUUCUCCACCCUGAGAACGGAGGAUACUACCUCAAGAACAUGGAAGAAGCCGUCAUUGGCGUCGCCGCCGAUGGCCUCUGUGAUUACCUUGGUGCAUCUUUUGCGUUCUUCAAUGAUGAUGCUGGGGCAAAUGUUAUGGAGGAGCCUGAGUGUUUGCAUGAAAAAGUCCUAAGGGCUGUUGUCCUAUCUCUCUCGCAAACGGCUGUUUCGGUUCCCACUGCUCUAGUUCUGGGGAUUGCCAGCACCGAGGUUGUGUUACAUGCACUCACACGAAGUUUUGUCUUAUCUAGAUUGUGA